UGCAUCUUCGCGGCCCCGGCACAAUAGAGGCUCCGCCCUCCUUCCGCGCGAGCUCUCCGCGGCUCCCUCGCCCAGCCGCCCAGCCGCCACCGCCUCUGCCCGUCCCGUGCCCGGUACCCGUGCGCCCCGAGGCUCCCCGCCGCCCGUCCCGGCGCGCACCGCGGGCAUCCGUCCGAACGCCUUCCUGUCACCUGAGCCCUCCUGCGGGCGACGCGCUCAGCUAGCCCCUGCCCGCCUCCACCUUCCCCGUCACCCCCUCUUCCCUGCGUCCCGCUCUCCCCUGGGGCUGCACAGUCGAGGGCUGCUCGCGUCCGGAAGGAGAUGCCCAGAGUCUCUGGGACGCACCCUCCUGUCGCCCUCAGCUGCACCCAGCUUUAGAAGGCGCUCUGAGCAGCCACUCUCGGGCUCUAGCUAGGACACUCUCUCGCACAAAUCCUUGCCCAGACCACCCGCCCCGGCCAUUCUCUGCAGGGGCUGAGGACCCUCUCUCUCAUCGCGUCCCCCAUGGCCAAGCCUCUGCUACUAGUUCUUUACUUCUCUCUGAUUGUGGCUCCGGGCUGGGUAGCCAGCAUUGUCCCCACAGGGACAAGUGAGCCCCCAGAUGCCCAGACAGUGGUGCCCACGGAGGAUGAGACUCUGCAAAACGAGGCGGACAACCAGGAGAACGUUUUAUCUCAGUUGCUGGGGGACUAUGACAAGGUCAAGGCUAUGUCUGAGGGCUCGGACUGUCAGUGCAAGUGUGUGGUGAGACCCCUGGGCCGAGAUGCUUGCCAAAGGAUCAAUGCGGGCGCUUCCAGGAAGGAAGACUUCUAUACUGUGGAAACCAUCACCUCGGGCUCGUCCUGCAAGUGUGCCUGUGUCGCACCCCCAUCGGCUCUCAAUCCCUGCGAGGGAGACUUCAGACUCCAGAAGCUGCGGGAGGCGGACAGCCAGGACUUGAAGCUCUCCACAAUCAUAGACAUGUUGGAAGGAGCAUUCUAUGGCCUGGAUCUCCUGAAGCUACAUUCAGUCACCACCAAACUGGUGGGGCGAGUGGAUAAACUGGAGGAGGAAGUUUCUAAAAACCUCACUAAGGAAAACGAACAAAUCAAAGAGGACAUGGAAGAAAUUCGAACCGAGAUGAAUAAGCGAGGCAAAGAAAACUGCUCUGGAAACAUCCUAGAUAGCGUGCCAGACAUCCGCUCAGCCCUGCAGAGGGACGCGGCGGCAGCCUACGCCCACCCAGAGGUACGGCCCCAGCCUCCAAGGGGCUCUGAUCACAGCCCUGGAAGUGUGACACCAGCAUCUCUCCUCUGCAUAGAACUUUUCAGGGUUCAGUCCUUUCACAGAGAGGAGCUUACUUCAUCCAUAGAAAUAGGCAUUGAUUUGGGAGAUAAUCCAAAAGAGUGGAAGAGGAAACAGCCUGCCGGGCUGCUCUUCCCAGUGGGAAAUGAGGGAUCUCCCAAGUCUGCUGGGUGGAAGCCAGACCACGGCUUGGAGGACUUGGGGAGGCAGGCAAGUUUUUGGAUGGCAGUGACCCCUGAGUCCUGGGGUGUGCGUGGCUGCCGUCUGUUCAGAGGAACCUCCCGGAAAUACACUGUCCUUCCACCUGCGCUCCUGUCCAGCUUCCUCCGAAAUCCCAGCCAGGCCCCCUCUCUAACUCAGGCCACUGUGUUAAGGAAAGCCUCCCUCUCAUUCACCUGCCCACGGCCAUGUGCUCUUUGUCAUCUGAGGCUUGUUUCUCUUCUGUGCCACAGUGAACUUUGUGUUUGUUUCCCAGAAGACGAGUUUUUCAGCGGUGAGAAUGGAGUGGAUUUGCUGAUUGAAGAUCAGCUCCUGAGACACAACGACCUGCUGGCCAGUGCCACCCGGAGGCCGGCAGCCACCCGUCAGGGACACAGCACUGCUGCAGCAACCGACCUGAAUACUCGGGCCGCAGCCUGGUCCUCAGCACUGCCACAGCCCUCCCCCUCAGCUCCCAGCAUCGCCGACCCUGCCUCAGUGGGACCAUUCUCAGCCACACUCCAAACAACCUCGGCGUCUCCAGAUCCCACUAGGGAGUCAGUCCAGCAGCCAUCUCCUCAGGUACCAGCCACCACCGUGGCCCACACAGCCACCCGGCAACCCACAGCCCCAGCUCCUCCGGCAGUGCCUCCCAGGGAGGAGCUGAUGGAAGCUACGCACACAGCCCCCCUGCCUCCCACCACGGUCAGAACAGACUCAAUGGGGAAAAAUGCUCCUGCCAGGCAGCAAACAACCCCUGCCAGUCCCACGCUGAGCCCCGAAGAAGAAGAUGACAUCCGGAAUGUCAUAGGAAGGUGCAAGGACACUCUCUCCACAAUCACGGGGCCGACCACCCAGAACACAUAUGGGCGGAAUGAAGGGGCCUGGAUGAAGGACCCCCUGGCCAAGGAUGAGCGGAUUUAUGUAACCAACUAUUACUACGGCAAUACCCUGGUGGAAUUCCGGAACCUGGAGAACUUCAAACAAGGUCGCUGGAGCAAUUCCUACAAGCUCCCGUACAGCUGGAUCGGCACAGGCCAUGUGGUGUAUGAUGGCGCCUUCUACUACAACCGCGCCUUCACCCGCAACAUCAUCAAGUAUGACCUGAAGCAGCGCUACGUGGCUGCCUGGGCCAUGCUGCAUGACGUGGCCUAUGAGGAGGCCACCCCCUGGCGAUGGCAGGGCCACUCAGAUGUGGACUUUGCUGUGGACGAGAAUGGCCUAUGGCUCAUCUACCCGGCCCUGGACGACGAGGGCUUCAGCCAGGAGGUCAUUGUCCUGAGCAAGCUCAAUGCGGUGGACCUGAGCACGCAGAAGGAGACCACGUGGCGCACGGGGCUCCGGAGGAACUUCUACGGCAACUGCUUCGUCAUCUGUGGGGUGCUGUACGCCGUAGACAGCUACAACCAGCGGAAUGCUAACAUCUCCUAUGCCUUCGACACCCACACCAACACGCAGAUCGUCCCCCGGCUGCUGUUUGAGAAUGAGUAUUCCUACACGACCCAGAUAGACUACAACCCCAAGGACCGCCUGCUCUAUGCCUGGGACAAUGGCCACCAGGUCACCUACCACGUCAUCUUUGCCUACUGACACCCUUGUCCCUGCAAGCAGAAGCACAGAGGGGUCACGAGCACCUUGUGUGUAUGUGUGUGUGCACGUGUGUGUAGGUGGGUAUGUAUUGUUUAAAAAUAUAUAUUAUUUUGUAUAAUAUUACAAAUGUAAAAUGACAAUUUGGGUCUAUUUUUUUAUAUGGAUUGUAGAUCAAUCCAUACGCAUAUGUGCUGGUCUCAUCCACCCCCCCCCCCCGUUUAUAUUUUUGUGCAAAUGAACUUCUCCUUUUGACCAGUAACCACCUUCCUUCAAGCCUGCAGCCCCUCCAGCUCCUAGAUCUCAGAUCUCAACCGUUGAAAAGGUUUCUUUGUCUGGGUCUCACAGGAGGCAGACCACACCAGGAGCAGAGACAAAAGAGGCAAGAAAGAAGUGCUACGUGGCGGGAAAAAAGUUUUAAUGUAUUGGAGAAGUUUUAAAAACCCAGAAAAAUGCUUUUUUAAAAAAAAAAAAUAAAGAAGAAAUUUAAAAUCA